CCCGGCCAGGUUAAAUGUAAGUUUGAUGACCCCACGUUCUAAUGUUCAGGGAGGAGCAUGAUCUACCUAGCUGGCUGCUGGAGUCUUCUGAUGCAGCCUGGCCAGGGCGAGCCGCCACAGCACCUGCGCUUCAGUCUGGCAUGUGGAGGAAAUGCAGAAAGGUUGCCGAUUGCCAGGGCAUCAUUUGACGGCGGAUUUUGGAACGUCUAUGGCAAUGCAAAAGCUCCAUGGUCGGAGGCAACCGUCUCACAUCUGCUCAAGCCAGGAUGGCGGGAGCGGUUGGAUGACAGCGAGAUUGAGCCGCAGCGUGCUAUGAAAAUUGUAUGGUUGCAAGGAUAAGUUGGGUUAAGGGAGUGAGGUCGGGCAGCUGUGUUGAAAGCUGUUAGAUUGCUGCCAGUGCUCUGGUUUGAUAAUCAGGGAAAAGCAGCUGACAGUGAUAAUGGGACAUUCCUGGCAGAGUAUGAGAGGAUAACGGUCCUACCUCUGUCGCAAGCAUGGGGGGCAGCGAGGAGACCGGUGGAGGGGGCCGAUAUGUCAAGUACAGCAGCGAGCAGUUACGAAUCCUUGAGAAGGAGUAUAAUGAGUGCCCUAAGCCAAGUGCUGCCAAGCGGGCGGCCCUGGUCAAGGAUUAUCCUGCCCUUUCCGGCAUCGAUGUCAAGUCUAUCAAAGUCUGGUUUCAAAACAGAAGAUGCCGAGAGAAGCAGCGCAAGGAGAGCUCCCGCCUGGUGGGCGUGAAUGCCAAGCUGACGGCGCUCAACAAGCUGCUGCUGGAGGAGAACGACCGCCUCACCAAGCAGGCGCUGCAGCUCUCCUCCGAGAACCGCUUCCUCAAGCUCCGCCUCGAGUCCAUGAACCAGGCCCUGCCCAAGCUCGAGAAUGGAGCCCCGGCGCCCAACCUGAGCCUGGUGCUGGCGGGCCCCAACGAGGACGCGCUCCCCGACCAGAUCCGCAAGCUCACCGACGCAGCGCUCGAGCAGUCCGCCUCGCUCAGCCUGCCCACCGACGACUCCGCAGGGACCACCAUCAACGGGGAGGGGGACGCCGCUGCCAAGGGCUCCCUGCUAACGCUCGGGCUGGCGCACAUCAAGCCCGGCUUAGCACCCGUUGCUGCCACGCGCACUCCCUCCAACACCGCAGGGCUGCUGCAGUCCGCCCAGGAAGCGUGCCAAGAGUUUCUGGCCAAGGCGACGGGGACGGCUGUGGAGUGGACGCAGCUGCCGCUGCUCAAGUCGGGGGCAGAGAGCCUGGGGAUCACGUCUAUCGCGCAGGGGCCCCGCGGGGUGGCCGCACGCGUCUGCGGACUGGUCUCUCUGCCAGCCUCAAAGGCGGCUGAGUUGCUCAAGGACAAGGCGGCCUGGCUGCGGGGUUGCCGACGAUGCGAGGUGCUGGGGGGCUUCACUGCCGCGGGGGCCGGCCGUGUGGACCUGCUCUACACGCAGAUGUACGCACCAACCACCCUCGCACCCCCGCGCGACUUCUGCACCGUGCGCUACACCACUGUCUUGGAUGAUGGGGCCAUUGUGAUUUGCGAGCGGUCACUGGCCAGUACUGAGGCCAGUGUGCCUGCCGCCCCUGCUUUUGUGCGCGGCGAGGUGUUCUCCGGGGGGUUCCUGCUGCGGCCAUGCGACGGCGGCGGCUGCAUCCUGAUUGCAGUGGACCACCUAGACCUCGAGCCGUGGAGCGUGCUGGACGUGCUGAAGCCGCUGUACUCGUCGAGCGCGGUGCUGGCCCACCACGACACGCUCUCCUCCCUGCGCUUCCUCAAGCGGGUCGCCAUGGAGGAAGGGCCCGACUCCGAUACCGGCACCACGCACCAGCCCGCCGCCUGGCGCGUCAUCACCGAGCGCCUAGCGAGGGGCUUCAACGAGGCGGUGAACGCAUUUGCGGACGAGCAGUGGGUCAGCCUGCCCAGCGACGGCAUGGACGACGUCAGCGUGAUGGCGCGCGCCAACAGUGCCAAGGACGCCGGCGCCGGCAGCGGGGGCGUGCUAUGCGCGCGCGCAAGCAUGCUGCUGCAGAUCGUGCCCCCCGCCACGCUGGUGCGCUUCAUGCACGACCACCGCGCCGAGUGGGCCGACCCCGACAUUGACGCGUCCACGGCGGCCGCCAUCCAGGGCACGCUGCGGCGGCAGCGCAAGGCGGGCGAGGCGGGCCUGCUCCCGAGCGACAUCCCGCUGGCGGUGGCCAUGGACGACCAGGAGUUUUUGGAGCUGGUCAAGCUGGAGGGCCGCAACUCGUACUCCAAGGACGGCGACACAUUCCUCCUGCAGCUCUGCACCUGCCCCGACGUCCACUCCGCCGCCGCCGCCCAGCUCGUCUUUGCACCCGUCGACGCCGCGGCAGCGGCCGCGGAUGUGCCCCUCCUCCCUUCCGGCUUCCGGGUCAUCCCCGUGGACACCGAAGAACUGAAGGCGGACGGCCUGCGCGGCGGGCGUGCCGGCCAGAACAGCCUGGAUGCGCACGCGAUCGACCCGGUGGGCAGCGGCGACGACGUGACGCAGUGCUGGAAGUCCGUGCUGAGCAUCGCGUUCCAGUUUGCGUACGAGCCGCACUCGGAGGAGGCGGUGGCGGCGGUGGCGCGCCAGUACGUGCGCAGCGUGGUCGGCAGCGUGCAGCGGGUCGCCAUGGCGCUCGCGCCCACGUGCAUCAAGGCGCUGGCCCCGAGUCCGCGCAGCCCGCCUGCGAGCCCGGACGCGCUGCUGCUGGCGAAGCGCGUGGUGUCGAGCUACCAGCUGCACAUGGGCGGCGACCUGUGCGACGACAAGGACCCCUCCUCCGAGGCCGUCUUCAAGGCCUUCUGGCUGCACCCGGCGGCCAUCCUGUGCUGGGUGGUCAAGGCGAGCCCCGAGUACACCUUUGCCAACAAGGCGGGGCUGGACAUUUUGGGGACGUCCAUCCACGAGCUGGCGGGCGUCGACUGGAACAAGUCCAUGGACGAGGACGGCCGCAAGGUCGUCUACGCCGCUUCUUCACAAGUCCUGCAGCAGGGGUAUGCAUACUUGCCGCCAGGGGUCACUCUGUCGUGCAAAGGGCAGUCGGUGGGGUACGAGAAGGCGCUGAUGUGGAAGGUGCUGGACGACACCGGGAACAUGCUGUGCGUGGCCAUCAUGUACCAGAACUGGUCGCUGCUGCACUACCAAUAACGCGCGCGGCGGGGGCACCCAGCAAAGAUGGGUCGCUUGGCGGAGUCUUGUCUCUCAAUGGGGUGUACAGAUUCAAGGGCGUGGCGUGAAAAUUACUGAGGCGAGGAUAGCGACCCGUCUCAUUCUGCAAAGCCUUGCGUGCUCGCAGGUGGUGUGGGCUCUUUUGGUUUGCUACCGGGCGUCCACAGACUGCAUAUUAAGGUCUUUGGCAAAGUUGUUGCUUCGCGAGCAGUGUUGCAGAUUACAUGUGUACAUUAAAAGCGGAUGGAACAUGCGUCUUGACAGACUCCUAGCUGGCAACAGUGGCUUUGUGGAUUGCUUGUAGAGGAGGACAUGUUGUCAGUAUUUUGAAGGUCGGCAGACUAGUGCUGAAGGGCACGUCUGAUUGCUCUGAUGUUUAUUAAGGGCGUAAAUAAAGGAGAAAUUGCCUUUCACCUCG